AUGACCAAACUGCGUUGCCCCUUCGCAGGGUGCGAUAGCUGUAUUGUUAGCGCAGAAGAGGGCCGCAAGGUAGUUCUACCGGCUGAGGUUUACGACAAAUUAAGGCUGGCACUGCCCUCGAACCAGGCCCCACGCAGCGGGGAAUUCUCUGUGUUCGAAGACAUCUGGGACUUCGACAACAUUGGGGUCUCACGGCAGGUGCCGACUGAGAUCGAGGCUGCUGCCGAGAAUGCACAGGAGCUGCGUUUUACCUGGAAGGAGCGGCCGUACACGCUGGGGAAACUGCAGAAGUACUUGAUCUGCGCGGACUGCGACCGGGGCCCCUUAGGCAUUGUGUGCGAGAUCCUGGACGCCGAGGGCGCUCGCGAGACCGUGAACCUACUGAGUUUGGCCAGCGUGCUGGCGUGA